CCAGCAACAGCACCAACAACCAAUCAACAAUAUAGCAACCAAAAAUAAAACAAACAGUGAAAAAAACCAAUUCAAUUUUAAUCAUUGAAAUCCAAUAUCUUUGUCGUCAUCAGUGUUGUUUUAUCGUUUCGCCACCAACAACCAACAACAACAACAACAAAAAUGUCGAGCACACAGACACACUCACACUUGUGACAUCGAAACGAAAAAAAUUGAUUGAAAAAUAAUAACACUUUCUGUAACGACAGAGAAAAAAAUAUUGUCAUCUAUAGACAUCUAUUAGGGCGUUGAUCAUCAUUAUUUUCAUCAGCAAAUUUUCCUAGUUUUUUUGUUGAUUAAAAUUUUCCCGAAUCAAUCAAAUCAAAUUGAUCAAAUCGAAUCUAAUCCAACACAUCGACACAAUAUUAGAAUGAAUUGAACGCAUGAAAUUUUCAUUUUCACACAUAUUGCCUUUACCUGUGAAAAUCUUCAAGGUUUUCAAUUUUGUGUCUGCCUCAUCAUUUUCAGAAAAAAAUGAUGUGAUAUGAUUGUAAUGUAUCCCCCUCUCCGUUUAUAUCCAUUCGAAAACAGUACGUAAAAAAUAAAAUGAAACGAUUCUUUCAACGUGAUUAUCAACGACAAUCGGAACCACCACCACCGCCACCAUCAGCCUCAUCAUCAUUAUCAUCCUCAUCAUCUGCAUCUUCAUCGAUAUUACAUUCAUCAAGUGGUUCAUUUUUAGGUAAAAUAUUUGUCGUUGGUCAAUAUCAAUGUACGGUCGAAGAUAUUAUAGCUGGGGGUUUCUCAUUGGUUUUUUUGGUCAAAGCUAAUAAUGGCAUACGUUAUGCAUUGAAACGUCUAUAUGUCAACAAUGAACAUGAUUUGGCUAUUUGUAAAUGUGAAAUUGAUAUUGCCAGAAAAUUGGGAUCUCAUAAGAAUAUCGUGAAAUUAGUCGAAUCAUGUGUUAAUUAUUGUGGUAAUGAGGUGCAUGAAAUAUUUAUGCUUAUGCAGUAUUGUAAAGGCCAAUUAUUGCAUCUAAUGAAUGAUCGUCUACAAACUGGUUUCACUGAAAUGGAAAUUAUUCGUAUUCUAUGUGAUAUUUGUGAAGCUGUUGGCCGAAUGCAUCAUAAUGAUCCACCAAUCAUACAUCGAGAUCUGAAGAUUGAAAACAUUCUCAUUUCUGAUGAUGGCAAUUAUAUGCUUUGUGAUUUUGGUUCAGCUACAACUAAAUCAUUACAAUUAAGUGAUAAUGGUGGACGAAAAUCAGCCCUAUCUAUUGAGGAGGAAAUAAAACGUUAUACAACAUUAGCAUAUCGAUCACCGGAAAUGGUGGAUGUUUAUUCGGGACGACCAAUUACUACUAAAGCUGAUAUUUGGGCUUUAGGUUGCCUUGUAUAUAAACUGUGUUAUUUUACUCUGCCAUUUGGGGAAUCGACAUUAGCCAUACAGAAUGCGCAGCUAACCAUACCGGAUUCAUAUGUUGAUCGUUAUUCUCAACAAUUAACAUCGUUGAUUGCUUUUAUGUUAUCACCGGAUCCAGGUGAUCGUCCAGAUAUUUAUCAAGUCGCUUAUCUUGCCUUCAAUCUUAUUGGCCAAGAAUCACCAAUAUUGAAUCGAAAUAAUAUUUCAAAACCAAUUUGGUCCAAUCUACGUGUACCACCAACUGAACAACAAUCCCGUGAAAUACGACAUCAACGUUCUUCCAACCAUGAUCAUCGAACUAAUCAAUCAACGACUAGCAAUUCAUCGACCUCAUCAUCAACAACAACGAUGUUGACGUCAGCCACUAAUCUAUCGGCUGUAAAUAGCACUAGUAAUUAUCAACAGAAACAACAACAACAACAACAAGCUGCUAAUCAUCAUCAUGGUGAAAUUGAGAAGACAACAUCAAAAACAACAACUGUUAUAUCAAGACAAAGACCAAAAGCGAGCAUUAACAUUAAUUCGGUGUUGCCAACAUCACCGGUUGCUUUCCAACGUGCUCUAACACCAUUAUCAUCAUCAUCAUCAUCGACAUCAAAUCAUCAUAAUGAAACAACGAUAUCCGCAACGAAUUUAUCUGUGAAAGAUAGUGGUGGUGGUAGUAGUAGUAAUAGUAGUCAUUCUCAUACUAGUGGCCUUACGAAUUCGCAUAGUUUCUCUUCCGGUAGUCAAUUAUUUGCAUCGGCCACCACCAACACCACUAAAAGUAAAUUAUUAGAUCAACAAAAACAAUCAAUGAAUCUAUCAUCAAAUCCAAUAUUAAUCAAGGAUGAUGAUGAUGUACAUUUGGAUCAAUUCGUACAUCAGCGUCAUCAUAUACAACAACAGCAGCAGCAGCAGCAGCAACAACAACAACAUCAGCAAUUAUCAAUGAAUAAUAAUCCAUUCAUAAUGGAUACAUCAUCAUCAUCAUCAUCAAAUAUUCCGGCACCACCGACUAGGAACCAAAGUUUAACAUUGCUUGAUACGACAUCGACGAUUGUUGAGCCAAACAUACAUACUAGUGGUACAACAACAACAACAACCAAUUAUCAUCAACAUCAUCGUCGUAAUAUGAGUGAUAGUAGUGCAUUUAAUCAAUCUGCCAUUGUCGGUGCUGGUAGUGGUGGCAAAAUGUUUGCUAUUCAAACAAACAAUAGUAAUCGGUCAUCGAGUGAAUUUGUUGCCGAUUGUUGUACUACUGAUCAUCAACAAUCAUCGCCAACAACAACAGCAAGAAUUCGAUCAUUGAAUCCAUUCGAAGAUAAUACAGAUGGACAACAAGAUUUUAACCGCCAACAGGCAGCAGCACCAUCAUCGACUUCUUCGUCAUCAUGUUUAUUUGAAGAUCAAUUAUUUGGUAAAGAAUUUGAUCGUAUACGUUUGACAGAAGAUUCGAAAUUGGCCGAUAAUCCAUUCGAUCAGGUACCAGUAAAUCAGGAACAUUUAAAACAAUAUCUGGAAAAGCAGCAGCAACAACAACAGCAACAGAAUUCUAGCAGCGUCGGCGGUGGUUGUACAUCAAUUAUUAUUACCGAUAAUAAUAAUGAUGAUCAACAAGUAACAGCGACAUUAAAAAAAUCAUCCACAGUAAUGAUAACAAUCCGUUCAAAUAAUGAAUUUAUGAUUGUUAAUAAUAAUGAAACUGAUAGCCAACAACAACGACCCGGUUCAUCAAAUGGUGAUCAAUUAUCAAAGAUUAUAUCAAACAAAUCGAUUAGCUCGUCUAGUCAAGGAGGAUUACACGACGGUACCAAUGGCAGUGGUUGUAGCCCACCAACAACGUCCAAUUAUAUGCCACUUUACUCAUCCGAUACAGCUGAAGAUGAUGAUCAUUAUUAUGAUCAUAGACAUCAUUCCAUUGGUGACGAUAAAAAUGACAUUACUAAUAACAAUGAUGAUGGUGAUGAUGAUGAUAAUGAUCAUGGAUUAAGAAUGGGUCUUUUAUCAUCCAAUAUUAAUAAUCAUCAUCAUAUUGAUUAUGAAGCAACUGGUGAUAUGACUAAACCAUUAGUCGAGGACAUUGAUGAUGACGAUGAUGAUGAAAUUAUCAAUGAUAAUGUUGACGAUGUUAAUUCAUCCAUAGGAUCAGCAUCAGAUCUUCAGAAUACCGAUGAUGACGAUGAAUCGGAUACUUCUUCAUCAUCUGACGAUGAGGAUGAUGAUGAAGGCGAUGAUGAUUCCCUUGAUUCACGUGAUGGUGAUUCUAGUUUUCAAGAUGCUAAAAAUCUAUUGAAUGAUCCAAAACAAUGUGCAAGUCAACAUGAUGCUAGUGAUGAUGACAGUCAUAAUGAAUCAUUUAAAUAUGGUUUGGUUAAAAAUCACUCCCCGCAUCAUCGAGUGUCAUUACAAUCAUCGUCGUCGGUUUUAAAAUCGAAUACAAUAUGCAAAUCUGCCGGUGGAUUAAAUAUUUCUCGGAUACAGAUUACACAUCAUCACCAUCCAAAUAGUAGCGGUAGCCAGAUACAACAAUCAAACAAUAUUGAUGAUGGUGAAACUAGCAUAUCAAAUUCUUCGAUUCGAUCUGAUACACAGAAAAAUAUCGAUUCACUUGAUCAUCUAAUCGGUCAUGUUGAAGGUCAUCGACCAUUAUUAUUAGAAGAUGAAGAUGAAGACGAUAUUAUGCCCAACGUAUGUUCAACGGUAAAAUCACUGAUUUCAAUCAAUGAUCUAUCGAUAGUCGGACAGCAAGCUUUAGUAUUUGAUUCAAAUAAUGAUUCCAAAUAUUCAAUUCAAUCACCACAACCACCACCAUCAUCCACAUUCACACAACAACCGGUCAAUGUGAUUCUAACUACUCAUCAUCAUGCUCCACAUUCCGAUCUGGAGACACUAUCAUUAUCACCACCAUCACCAUCAACAACAACCAAUACAUUGAAUAAUGUUCACCAUCAUCAUCAACAUUCAUUCGAUAAUUCUAGUGAAGAGAAUGAUCGUCGUCUUGAUGAAGAAGUUGAACGUAGUCUCAUUCCACAGGUUAUGUUUGAUCAAAUGAAUAAUAAAGAUCUUUUUGGAUCGAUACCAUUUACGGAUAAACAGCUAAUUAAUCAAACUAUUCAACAUCAAAAAGAAACAAGUAUAGACCCUGCCGCUUUGCUUGAACAUAGAAAUGAACCGAUUUCAGUUCCAGCCAUAAAAACCAUAACAACAAAUCGUUUUGAGAAUUCAUUUUCAGAUUUACCCUUUUCGACUAUCAUACAGGAAUCAGCAACAACAACAACAAUGAAUACUAUUUCAUCACCAUCCAUAUUGAUUGGAAAUAAUGAUACAACUAAUUCGAAUCCCGGUAGAUCGACAACCGAUUUAUUCGGUGCUGUUCCAUUUGAAACACCACCAUCGUCAACGAAUAAAUUACAAGGCCAAAUAAUAAAAAUUCCUCAACUAAUACCAGCACCACCCGUGGCAACUAUAGCCAAUAAGGUUGGAAUACCUAAACCACUAUCAUCAACUGUGACAAAUUCAACAACUAUCAUAACAACAACAACAACAACAACAACAGCUGCUGCUGCUGCUACUGUAUCUAAACAACAGCAAACAACAUCAUCGGUUUCAACUGGUUUAAACACCAGUACUACUGGUAAACUGAGCCGUAAUCAAUUACAACGAUCAAAUUUAAAAAUCAAAUCUAAAGUUGCAAAAAAAUAUGAAGUUGAUGAAAGUGAUGAUGAAGUUGAUGGACUAUUGGAUCCGAAUGAAAGUGAAGAUCUAUUAUUGGAUGGUGAUUUCGACGAUAAUUGCGAUCGAUCAAUAACGAAAGAAUCAUCAUCAUUAUCAAACAAGAAAAAGAAUAAAAAAGAUAAAAAGGAAAAAAGUGAUAAGAAAUCCAAAGAAUCGAAAUCAAAAGAAAAGGAUAAAAAAUCCAAGGAUAAACCACCACAUGAUAAACCAAUGGAAAAGGAUAAAAAAGAAAAAGAGAAAGAAAAAAUGAAAAAUAAAAAAGAUAAAAACAAAAAGAAGAAAGAUAAAGAAUCAGCGAAGAAAAGAUCAACCAACGCCAUGACUGAUGUUCGUGAUGAUGAUGGUGAUGAUGAUGAUAAUGUUGUUGUAAAUGAUCAGAUAUCAAAACCUAAAUCAACAACAACGACAACGACGAUGAUGAUCACAGCAACAAAUGCCUCGGAUACGACAUUGAUUCCAUCAAACACUAGACUUUCUUUAGUGAAAAUGGUCGAUAACUCUGGUGGUAAAGAUAAAACGAAUCGUAAAAAUUCGAAUAAUAAUAAUUGUGGUGGAUCAACUACAAAACAAGCAUUUGCCAACAUGAGUUUCGAGGAUGAAACAUUGUCAUCUCAUCAACCGAGUCUUCGACAUGUCCAUUAUCAUCAUCAACAACAAUUUAAUUCAUCUUCAAAACAACAGCAACAGCCAUCAAGAACAACAACGGCAAAUAUUCAAUGAUGAAAAAAAUCAAAUGAAUUUGUAAUGUUUUACUUUCUCAUCUCAUCAAAAAUAUGUCUUUCCCUUCGACCUUGAUCCUCUCGAAAUUGAAAGAUUUGAAAUGAAAAAAAAUUUUAUAAACUUUAGUGUGAUUUUGAUAAUUAUGAAAUUAAACAUUAAACAUUUAAACAUUCGA